AUGUCUAGGGAUGCACCUAUAAAAGCGGAGAAGGACUACUCCGAGAUUUUGAAGGAGGAAAUGCCAAAGAUUCAUCAAUUGGCGGUGGAUGACUGGCAGGGCGCAUUGAGUCAAUUGCUGGUUCUCGAGAAGAAAACCCGACAGGCUGCUGAUCUGGUGUCUUCAAAGCAAUUGCUGUCAGAUUUGGUGGAUAUGCUAGUUUCUAGGGGCAAAUGGGAUGAGUUGGAUGAACAACUAGCGUUACUGUCGAAGAAACAUGGUCAACUGAAACUGUCCAUUCAGCACAUGGUUCAGAGGAUAAUGAAGCAUUUGGGCGAAGACAAGACACUUGAUUUGGAGACUAGAAUCAAGACCAUCGAAAGCAUCAGAACCGUCACGGAGAACAAGAUUUUUGUGGAAGUUGAAAGAGCUAGAGUUACGAGAGACUUAGCCCAUAUUAGGAGGGAACAAGGCAAGAUAGAGGAGGCGGCGGACAUAUUAUGUGAGAUGCAAGUUGAAACAUAUGGGUCGAUGGAAAUGUCUGAGAAGAUAGAAUUCAUCUUAGAGCAAAUGGAAUUGAGCAUAUUGAAAGGCGAUUACACUCAGGCUACCGUGCUUUCAAGGAAAAUACUGAAGAAAACAUUCAAGAAUGUCAAAUAUGAAUCCCUCAAACUCCGUUACUACGAGCUACUAAUCAAGAUCGGAUUGUAUAAGAAGGAUUAUUUGGAGGUGGCGCAGUAUUUCCAAGAAAUAUAUCAAACCGACUCAGUUAAGAAAGAUGAAGAGCUGUGGAGACCAGCCUUAUCUCAUAUGGUAUAUUUUCUGAUUCUCUCACCUUAUGGAAAUUUGCAAAAUGAUUUAAUACACAAAGUUCAAUUAGACAACAAUUUGAAGAAGCUUGAAACGCAGGAGGCGCUUGUUAAGCUUUUCACAACCCCUGAACUGAUGAGAUGGACUGUAGUGAAGAGAACAUAUGAGCCUUUGCUCAACAAGGAUGAUAUAGCGUUUGGUGGGAGUAACAAACACCAUUGGGAUGAGCUGCAUAAGAGAGUCGUCGAGCACAACUUGCGAGUGAUUUCCAAGUACUACUCGAAGAUUGCACUGCCCAGACUUAAUGAAUUAUUGGAUUUAACCGAAUCUGAAACUGAAACUUUCAUCAGUGACUUAGUCAACCAAGGUAUCAUUUUCGCCAAGAUCAACAGGCCUGCAAAGGUGGUGAACUUUGAAAAAUUCAAGCACUCAAGUGAACUCUUGAAUGAAUGGUCCCAAAACGUCGAUCAACUGCUGGAGCACAUCGAAACCAUUGGCCAUCUCAUCACAAAAGAAGAAAUCAUACAUGGACUUAAGGCCAAAUAA